UUUUUUUUUCACCUUUUUGAGAAUUUGCAAACCGAGUUACAUGCAUGUCCAGUGGGGGAAGGUUUAAUUUUGACGAUGGAGGGUCCUAUUGUGGAGGCUGGGAGGAUGGCAAGGCACAUGGACAUGGAAUAUGUACCGGCCCAAAGGGUCAAGGCGAGUAUGCAGGUUCCUGGAGUCAUGGCUUUGAAGUGCUGGGCGUCUAUACCUGGCCGAGUGGCAACACCUACCAAGGCACCUGGGCACAAGGCAAGCGGCACGGCAUUGGUGUGGAGAGCAAAGGAAAAUGGGUGUACAAAGGCGAGUGGACGCAUGGAUUUAAGGGACGCUACGGGGUGCGUGAAUGCACAGGCAAUGGGGCCAAAUAUGAAGGCACUUGGAGCAACGGACUGCAGGAUGGUUAUGGAACAGAGACUUACUCAGACGGAGGGACCUACCAGGGCCAGUGGGCUGGCGGAAUGCGCCAGGGAUACGGCGUCCGACAGAGCGUCCCGUACGGCAUGGCUGCAGUUAUCCGGUCGCCGCUAAGGACCUCAAUCAACUCUCUGCGCAGCGAGCACACCAACGGCACGGUGCUUCACCCUGAUUCUUCCCCCGCCGUGGCAGGCAGCCCUGCCGUCUCUCGAGGGGGAUUUGUCCUGAUGGCGCACAGCGAUGCAGAGAUCCUCAAGAGCAAGAAGAAGGGCAUCUUCCGGCGGUCGCUGCUGAGCGGGCUCAAGUUGCGCAAAUCCGAAUCCAAGAGUUCUUUGGCUAGCCAACGGAGCAAGCAGAGCUCUUUCCGCAGCGAGGCGGGCAUGAGUACUGUCAGCUCUACGGCCAGCGACAUCAACUCCACCAUCAGCCUCGGCGAGGGUGAGGCAGAGCUGUCCGUCAUCGAAGAUGACAUCGAUGCCACCACCACCGAGAUCUACGUGGGCGAGUGGAAGAACGACAAGCGCUCGGGGUUCGGGAUCAGCCAACGCUCAGACGGGCUCAAGUACGAAGGGGAGUGGGCGAAUAACAAGCGCCACGGGUACGGCUGCAUGACCUUCCCGGACGGCACGAAGGAAGAGGGGAAGUACAAGCAGAACAUUCUCGUCAGCGGCAAGAGGAAAAACCUGAUCCCGCUGCGGGCCAGCAAGAUCCGCGAGAAGGUGGAUCGCGCCGUCGAGGCGGCGGAGCGUGCCGCCACCAUCGCCAAGCAAAAAGCGGAGAUCGCCGCUUCCAGGACAUCCCAUUCCCGGGCGAAGGCAGACGCGGCGAUGACGGCAGCACAGAAAGCGCAGGAGGAGGCUCGAAUUGCCAGGAUCACUGCCAAAGAGUUUUCGCCUUCCUUCCAGCACAGGGAAAACGGCCUUGAGUGCCAGAGACCAAAGCGGCGGAACUCAAGCGACGACAUCGAGGUCCUUUCGACGGGAACGCCGCUCCAGCAAGAAAGCCCUGAGCUCUACCGGAAAGGAACGACCCCGUCAGACCUCACCCCCGACGACAGCCCUCUGCAAAGCUUCCCUGCCAGCCCCACGUCCACACCGCCUCUGGGUCCCUCCUGUAGAAACAAGAGCGCUCACUUCUCCAGGCAGGUCUGCGUGGACGAAGAGCGGGGAGGGGAGAUCCAGAUGUUGCUGGAAGGGCGCGGCAGGGACUAUAUGAGGCCCAACAGCUGGGGUGAAGACAAGGAGGGCGGGGCACACGGCGUGAGAGGCGGGCCCCCGCGCAGCGGCCAACCUGGCUCCUCCGAAGACUACCGGGGCCGAAGCGGCGGGCACAAGCAUACAGCCUCCAACCACAAACCCCGGGAGAGGUGGACGGACCCCCCGGCCACCGUUUCAUGGACUCAUCAUCGUCCCCACCAUCAUGGUUCGGGGAGCAACAAGCUCCUAGAGCUGGACGAAGAGAAGCUGAGCAAUUACGAGAUGGAGAUGAAGCCUCUCAUGAAGAUGGAUUCUUAUAUGCAAGAAAUACACUCCCAAAAAAGACACUAUAGUAAAAUGGGGCCCAGCCGGAGUCUAGCAGAGGACCAGCAUGGGGAAGACCGGAGCUUUGGGGUUCAGAGACUGAGGUCUAAGUCCCAAAACAAGGAGAACUUCAGGCCCGCGUCUUCUGCCGAGCCCACAGUGCAGAAACUAGAAAGUCUGAGGUUUGGGGACAAAGGUGAACCCCGGCUACUGAGGUGGGACUUAACCUGCUCGCCACCACAGAAAUCCUUACCUGUUGCACUAGAAUCAGAGGAGGAAAACAGGGACGAGCUCAAAUCUGGUGCGGGUUCAGCUCCCAUCCUGGUAGUCAUGGUGAUCUUGUUAAACAUUGGAGUCGCCAUUUUGUUUAUUAACUUUUUCAUCUAACUCGAGACUGUCUUGUUUGCAAAAAUUAACAGAUUAAUAAUAAUAAUAAAAAAAGGUGUACGAAUGGGGGAAUAACGAAGCAAGCGACAAACGACAAAAACAAAAAAAAAGGGAAAGAUGUGGUCUUUUUGAACUGUCCUGCGACAACUUCCAAGUCUUUUCACAGAAGAACAACAAAAGAUUGAGUAUCACUCACAGUUUGCCUUUUUUUCCUGGGUAAUGUUUUUGGAUUUUAGCCAAAAUUCUUUGCUUGUAUAACACUUAUGCUGUGUGGCAUGGCAGAAUGGUAACAGCACCCCUGUCCUCCCAGCACCAGUCAGGAUGAGAAGAGGCUCCUUGGUGUGAUUAAUCAGAAAAAUCUUCAUGCAUGAAGGGAAGUUGGUUCAUGUGAACCGUGUGAUUCUGGGCGGGCAAGUCCUCUUUGGGCCGAAUCGUACGGAAAAUUCACACAUGCGCGGCUGUCUCAGGGUAGCUCGGUUGUGCGAAAUGGCUGUCACAGGUCAGUGAGGUUUUCAAGCGAUGCACUCAUCACUUGAUAAAGUCCCAACUCCAGUAGCAGCAUGAACUGGGAAGUUGAGGGGAAACUCCCAAAUCAUUUUUGUUGUGAAGGUGAUGUUAACCAAUCCCUUUUCCAUCCCAUCCAAAAAGAGAAAACCCAAAUCACUUGGUACCGGUUAAGACAUGAUACCUUUGUGGGAGCAAAAUUCACCCUGGAAAGGUUUAGAAAGCAAUAGCUAGAAGAAAAAUCUUAAGCGCCUGCUCAACCGGCAUCUCCUCCAGGUUAGUAGCCCUUGAAUGACCAUAGCUCCUC